AUGCUGGCCCUGCUACAGGCCCGAAGCGAGAGGGCGCCACCGGUCAGCUCCUGGCCGACUGCCAAUCUCUACAAUACCUCACACAAGCGCAAGAAAGCACAGCAUGCACCCACGACGAAGGCUCUAACAUGGACGGUGUGCAAGCCCAACGGAGCUAUCAGCAGCACGGAGGUGGAAACCGCCAAAGAGCAGACCUCAACCCUGCAUCAACCUUUGCAAGCCAUGGAAAACCAAGUUCCUGACAACCGAAAAGCACAGCCUCAAACCUGGGACUCAAAACCCAGCACGCUCCAGUACAGACCUUGCUCGAAUGAAACAAGGCAUAGGGUGAAUAUUUUUGUCCCACUACCUUCCUUGAUAGGGGGGACCCCCUGGGGAAUCGCCAUAGCAUAA